AUGGCGUUGUCUACUACUAUCAAGACCCCCAACCUCUCCUACGAGCAGCCCUUGGGCUUGUUCAUCAACAACGAGUUUGUUAAGAGUGUCGAGGGCAAGACCUUCGAGACCAUCAACCCCACUGACGAGAAGGUCAUUACCUCCGUCCACGAGGCCACUGAGAAGGAUAUCGACAUUGCUGUCAAAGCUGCCCGUACCGCCUUCGAGGGUGCCUGGCACGAUGUGACUCCCUCCGAGCGUGGCCGCAUGCUUGUCAAGCUUGCCGACCUUUUCGAGCGUGAUAUUGAGACCCUGGCUGCUAUCGAGGCCAUCGACAACGGCAAGGCCAUCAUGUUGGGCAAAGGCGAUGUCACCAACGCCGCUAACUGCCUCCGCUACUACGGUGGCUGGGCUGACAAGAUCACCGGUCAAACCAUCGACACCAACAACCAGACUCUUUCCUACACCCGCCAUGAGCCCAUCGGUGUCUGCGGUCAGAUCAUCCCUUGGAACUUCCCCAUCCUCAUGUGGGCCUGGAAGAUCGGUCCCGCCAUCGCCGCCGGUAACACCGUCAUUAUUAAGACUGCCGAGCAGACUCCUCUGUCUGGUCUGUACGCCGCUAAGCUGAUCGUUGAGGCUGGCUUCCCCCCUGGUGUCAUCAACGUCGUCUCCGGCUUCGGACGCACUGCCGGUGCCGCCAUCUCCAGCCACAUGGACAUCGACAAGGUUGCUUUCACCGGCUCCACCCUUGUCGGCCGUAUGAUCCUCCAAGCUGCUGCCAAGAGUAACCUGAAGAAGGUUACUCUGGAGCUCGGCGGCAAGUCUCCCAACAUUGUCUUCGACGAUGCCGAUAUCGACAACGCCAUCUCCUGGGCUAACUUCGGUAUCUUCUACAACCACGGCCAGUGCUGCUGUGCCGGUUCCCGCCUGCUGGUCCAGGAGGGUAUUCACGACAAGUUCGUCGCUCGCUUCAAGGAGCGUGCCGCCAAGAACCAGCUCGGCAACCCCUUCGAGCAGUCUACUUUCCAGGGUCCUCAGGUUUCCCAGCUCCAGUUCGACCGUAUCAUGGAGUACAUCAACCACGGCAAGAACGAGGGUGCCACCGUUGCUCUGGGUGGUGAGCGUCACGGUACCGAGGGCUACUUCAUCCAGCCUACCAUCUUCACUGAUGUCACAAACGACAUGAAGAUCGCCCAGGAGGAGAUCUUCGGUCCCGUCAUCGUUGUCCAGAAGUUCAAGGAUGAGGCCGAGGCCAUCAAGAUCGGCAAUGACUCUACCUACGGUCUCGCCGCUGGUGUCCACACCAAGAACGUCAACACUGCCAUCCGUGUCUCCAACGCCCUCAAGGCUGGUACCGUUUGGAUCAAUAACUACAACAUGAUCUCCUACCAGGCUCCAUUCGGAGGCUUCAAGUCUUCCGGUAUUGGCCGUGAGCUCGGCUCCUACGCCCUGGAGAACUACACCCAGAUCAAGACCGUCCACUACCGUCUGGGCGAUGCUCUGUUCGCGUAA